CGCACAUAUGCCUUCCGCUCCUGAGGUGCCAGGCAGGAAAGUGUCUGGCACAUAUGACGCGAAAACGUCUCCGGCGUCGCCGCCGAAGGUGAAGCGCCGGGAUAGCAGCGCCAGCAUGACGGACGAGCUAUUUCGCAUCUCGCGGCAGAACAGCAUGACCAGCGUCGGCGGCGAGGAUUUCGCGGACAUCGAGGUGGCGCAAACGCUCGGGCCCCGUGCCUCGCCGACGCCGGCCUUUCUCCCACCCGAUGGCCGGCAGCUGAGUCGCUCCGUGAGCCGCGUGCAGCUCAAGCGUUGGGCGUCGGACGGCUGGAGGAAGGCGCGCAGCGCCGGCAACUACUGGCUCCUGUUCGGCAUCGCGGCGGCGCUGCUCUGGAUUAACCUCGACCACGAGUCCUACGAGUACUUUCCGGCCGAGCCGCACUACGCCCCCUUCGGCAACAAAGCCGUCAUCUUCGACCACCCGGCCCUCGCGCCGCUGAUCGCCACCGUCGGCGGGGCGAAGCGAGACGAGAAGCUCGGCUGGCCCGAGGUGAAGAAUGGGUGGGGCGUCCCAACCGCGACGGACAUCUCCCUCGCCUGGGUCAUCGCGCUGGCCGUCUUCCCUAAGGGGCACCCUGCGAUCGAGUUCCUGCUCCUCCUCGCCGUCGCCGACGACGCCAUCGGCCUCGGCAUCAUCGCGAUUGCCUACCCCGACCCGCACCACCCGGUCCAGCCGCAGUGGAUGGGCCUCGCGCUGGUCGGCGUGCUCUUCGCCUACCUCCUCCGCCGCUGCGGCUGCAUGUCGUGGGGCGCCUACCUCGUCCUGGGCGGUUUCCCCGCGUGGGUGGCCCUCCUCAAGAGCGCACUCCACCCGGCGCUACAGAGCACUCUCUGCGACGCGGGCGUCACGUGCACGCUCGACUCGCGGCGCGUCUCCGCCGCGGUGCGCAGGCGGCUGGGCUGCUUUGCUUGCCUGCUGUGCGGCGACGAGGACGGCGACAGCUCCCACGAUGACGAGUUGAUGGGGCGGCACGCGCACGCGCCGCUGCACGCAUUCGAGCACGCCCUCAAGGUGGCCGUCGAGCGAAGGGGGUACCCCGCCUUCACCCUGAAGGCCCUUCGCCCGCUGACGGUCGGCGUCUUCACCGCCCUCGUCGCCGGCAAGAUGCUCGGAAUCACGACUCUCGUCUGCCUCGCGAGCUGCUUGCGCAUCGCCCCGCUCGCCGAAGGCAUCAUACCCCGACGCAUGACGCUGCUCGACGUGGUGAUGGUGUCGGCCGUCGCAUCCGUCGGUUUGACCGUCGCUCUGUUCGUCUCGGGCGAGGCGUACCAGCACGAGGAGCUGCAGUCCGAGUCGAAGCUAGGCGCUCUGCUCUCCGGCCUGAUGGGGCUCGUCUGCUAUGGCAUCUCGAAGAUGUCCUGCUGGCCGCACAACAAGAAGCCGUCGCUUGCGGGAAUGGACGCGAGCAACACGAGCCAGGUCGGCCCCGCCAACGACGGAGGGGCGCCCGACGCGGGCUUGAGUCGGAAGGACAGCGCAUGCAGCGCCACUGCGGUCGUCGACGGCGGCCUCGAUGAGAGGUCAUUGGACGGGCACGACGCCGCUGGCAUCUGGGGUGCCCGCGGGGGGCACAAUUCAAGCUGUAGGAGCAGCAACAACGGCGAGGGUGACAAAGACCGAUACUCCACGCCCGCCGCGUACGCAGCCACCGCUCAACAGCACGCGUGGCUGAAGCAGGGCGCGCCCCAGAGGCAGAGGUGGCACCAUUCCUGAGAGCACCCGCCGAACGGGGCGACGAACGGCGUGCGUCGUCUCGCCCCACCCGAGAGAUGGUAGGAGUGGGACAGAGAGAGACGGGCCGGGCAACAUCGGACUAUCACACCACACACAGCUUCGUUCCCUCGGCGCGGUGUGUGGUGUCGUGUCAGGGUCGUGUGUCGGGUAAUGUGGGGCAUGUUUGGCUUUGAGUAUUGAGACACGUGCGAGUGAGAAUUG